AUGGUUGUCAUCAAUCUGACUCGUGGUCGGAAGGACGGUGCAAUCGUCGAGGACCUGCGCCCAACUCAAGAAAACGAGAAAACCGAUACCAAUGUGGAGCGGAAUGCAAAUGAUGAUGGCCUGAACAACCUAGAUCGUGCGGAGAAGGAAAUCCGGGAACAUCCCGACGAGGUCAGCGCAAAUGCCGCAGAUGGUGUGCGCAAGGCUGAGGCUGUUGCUUUGGUUUGGAGCAAGAAGGCUGUUGUCGCGACCUAUGCCUGGAUCUGGAUCUGCUUCUUUAUGCUGGCGUUGCAUUCCUCUAUCGGUUCCAACGUCCUCUACUAUGCCUAUUCUAACUUCCAGAAUGCUUCUCAGGUCAGCACGGCCACCAUUCUGGCAAGCAUUGUCGGUGGAGUUCUUAAGCUCCCCAUCGGAAAGAUCUUGACACUAUGGGGACGUGCUGAAGGUCUUAUCAUCUUCACGUGCGUGUAUAUCCUCGGUAUUAUCAUUCUUGCUGCUUGCAACAAUGCCAACAGUUACGCUGCCGGAUACGUUCUGUACUGGGUUGGAUAUGAUGCGAUCUAUAUCAUCCUGGACAUCUUCAUUGCCGAUACUUCGGGUAUGCGCAACCGUGCUUUCGCCUUUGCUUUUGCCUCCACGCCCUUUAUCUGCACUUCGUUCACGGGUCCCCUGGCUGCUACGCAUUUCCUGAAAACUUCCAACUGGCGCUGGGCCUACGGCUCUUUUGCUAUUAUCAUGCCCUUUGUUUUCCUGCCCCUGGCUGGUGUCUUUAAGUACUAUGAGAACAAGGCCCGGAAAAUGGGUAUCCUACGGCGUCCAGUUAGCGGCCGGACUAUCAUGCAGUCCGUCGUUCACUACUUGCAUGAGUUUGAUAUCAUCGGUGCCUUCAUCCUGAUGGCGGCUUUUAUCUUGUUCCUCCUUCCCUUUAGCUUGGCUAACUACGGUCGUGCACAAUACGGUGAAGCCGCCUUUAUCGCCCCGCUAGUUAUUGGCUUCUGCCUCUUCUUCGUAUUUGCGGCUUGGGAAAAAUGGUUCGCUCGUACCCACUUCAUCCCCUACCAGCUAUUUAGGGACCGUACCGUCUUCGGCGCAUGUGCUCUCUCGGCUAUCCUCUAUUUUAGCUUCUACUCCUGGGAUCUAUACUACUACUACUUUGUGAUGGUCGUAUACAAUCUCGAUGUCACGAUGACUGGCUAUAUGACAGCGAUUUACACAGUGGGGUCCUGCUUCUGGUCCCCGAUCUUCGGCCUAUGGAUCCGCUAUGUGAAGGAGUUCAAGUACAGCUGUCUCUUCUUCGCUCUUCCAUUGAUGACCCUCGGCGCCGGGCUGAUGAUCCACUUCCGUGGCUCGGACAGCGACAUCGGAUACGUUAUCAUGUGUCAGAUCUUCAUUGCCUUCGCUGGAGGUAUGAUGGUCAUCGGCGAGCAAAUGGCCGUGAUGUGCGCUUCGGACCGUGAAGGUAUUCCCAUGAUGAUCUCGCUGGUUUCUCUAUUCUCAAACUUGGGCGGUGCCAUUGGCUAUGCCGUCUCUGCUGCCAUCUAUGCCAACACUUUUCCCCAGGGACUGCGUGAGGCCCUGCCCGAGAGUGCCAAGGACCAGUGGGCUGCCAUUUAUGCCGGUGGCUAUGUUGCUCAAAUGAAGUUUCUGCCCGGCACUGAGGAGCGUGAUGCGAUCAACUUCGCCUACGGCUACAGUCAGAAGUACGGCUGUAUUGCUGCGACGGCAAUUCUUGUGCUUGCUGUUCCGUGUAUCGGUAUGUGGAGACAUUACAGAGUGGACAAGGAACAGAACAAGGGUACUGUUCUCUAG